AUGACGCAGACAGAAGUGUUCUUCAAUACCGUGGCUUCCGUAGUGAAACCUGCGACUCUAUUGAUGCUACUUCCCCAAGAUCAGACUAGUUGGUGCCAACAGUUCGCACAGGAAGGAUACAAUGUGGUACAUUUGACGUACCCUCUUCCCCCAAAUUCUUCUUUCAAGGAUGCGAUGAAAGUUGUCGAUGACAAAAUCAUUGCGCUGGGAGCUGACUGGGGACUGUUGACAUACGGUUUGACCACAGAGGAUGCGGAGACCCUUGUAUCGAAACUCGCUCUCUCGCUCGCAGAUCUGAAGGCUUGUGUUCACUUUUGCCCAGAUGCCGAGGUUACCCAUGGUUUUUUGAUGAAGGACAGCCAGAGGAGACACAUCCCAGUUACAUUUCACCUCGCUUCUUCUCAAGAAGUGCUCCAUGCCUCUCUGCUACUUUUCGAGGACCCGGCUAAUCUUGGAUAUGCUCUUCCGACUCACUCUCGAUUACCCGUGCGGGUGUAUUCAUACCCUCUAGUGUCAAAAUCCCCACCGUUUCCCUUCUCUAUUCAACCCCCCGUUAGUGUGAAUGUUAACGAUAAACAAUCGGUCGACCCCUAUCUUCGGUCGGCCUCUAACCUGUCGCUUACCCGAACCCUCGAAUUGUUGAAGGCGCAUCUUGGCCCUCAUUUCAACCUCGAGAGGCUCUGGGAGAAGCACACUUAUUAUGAAUUUAUCGAAAGAGAUGCACCUAGCAGUGAUACGUUGACGCAGGUUGCCACACCAUACGUCAAUCAUGUUGCAACGAUGACUGGAGGCGUCGGGUAUGACGAUCUGGCGAGAUUUUACAAGUAUCAUUUCACAACUGUGACACUGGAAGACUUUGAGCUCAUUACAGUCUCCCGGACCGUUGGUUGUGACAGGAUUGUCGAUGAGAUGAUUUUCAAGUGCCACCACACAUCUGAAAUAGACUAUUUUCUGCCUGGAGUAGCACCGACAGGGAAACACAUUGAGAUCGCUAUGGUCGGGAUAGUUGCCUUUAGAGGCGAUAAACUUUUCUUUGAGUACUGGGACCAAGCCGGGAUUCUUGUGCAGCUUGGAUUGUUGGACCCCACUAAUCUUCCUGUUGCUGGGGUUGAGGCCGCUAAGAAAGUUCUGGACCCUUUUGGUAUGCCCAGUAACACACUCCUGAAAAGGUGGCAUGAAAGCAAGGGACUUCCAAUCGACUGA